AUGCCUAAUAACGGAUACGAAACGAGCUAUGAGGAUCGAAAGAAACGUCGGGUGCACUUUGUAUAUAAACGCGAAACACAUGAGCGGCAAAUAUUUAUGCAAGAACUGAAGGAUAUUCGAAAGCGAAAGGAAAUUUAUUAUGUUAAAACAAUGAAAAAGCUUAUCGGACCGACCUGGCUACAAGCCCUCAGUGUAUUGCAAAGAAAAGCGCUAGACUUACUGGAAUUUUGUAUCUAUCAAGAUUUACUGGAAGGGCGACCAGUGAGAACAGCAAAUAUUAUGAAAGAACUUGGAUUAUACCCAAGACCAAAUGAUGUGGAUCUUAUGACUUGUGUGUACCUCGGUCGCCGCGACCCAAAGGAAAUGCUAGCGCAUCUGUUUCUCGUGACUUAUGGCCAUACCAUAGACGUUAAACGAGCUGUAUACAACCUUAACGCGAGGCUUAUGCUCUCUGGUAUUUUGUACUUGGGACAAGACAAUUUACUAGAAUUACUAAGAAAAAGGUUUAGCCCCAAUAAGGAGGAAAGACCUCCUAAAACAAAGGUGAAACGUGAAAAGAAACCUUUGCUAGAAUCUCCUUACUUGCAAGAAAUGACUGCAGUUUUAUUUCAACGCCCGAAACGGGAACCAUUUCGAGCUCCGCCUCUGCCAAAUUUAGAUGAUCUCAAUGACCCGUACGAAGAGGAAUUACCUAUAGUAAAAAAGCCGCCCCAGCCACCACCACCAUCACCGCCUCCGAAGAAGAGGCUCCCACGAGGUUAUUGCGACAAAAUAGCAGGAAUUAUUAACUUUGAACCAUAUUCCACAAUUACUACAACUCGCACCAUAAAGACCGUGACCCAAAAAAAUGUUCGGAGGGGUAGAAGUUCUAAAUUGAGCCUUGCUAUUAACAAGUCUUUUGGAAUCAGCGUAACACGAACAAAAAAGAGAAGGAAAAAGAUUACCAUACCAAACACUGGCAUAUCCAAUUCAAAAUACACGAUCAACGGCGUCUUUACUGUACGCGGUAGAACGGUUUUUGUCCUCGGUAAUGUAACGAUAUUACCUUCGGAAGGAACUCUUAUAAAUGGUGGAUAUUCAUUAGUGAAUGGAGACUAUAUCAAUAUACAUUGUGGUUUCCGUGGAUUUACACCAGCAAGUAAAUCUAACACGUGUGACUGUCUUAAGAAUUGGCAAGACGUCGCUCUUAAAUAUGUCAAGGAACAUAAAUGCCGCUGUGGCCAUCACUACGAUUACGGGAACGAAGGAACGUUCCCGGCAGAAGAGCUGCCUUACUUCCAUAAAGCGACGCCAUUUUCUCCUUUCCAAUUUAACUAUCACACUAUAUAUAAUUUAGAUGAGAAACAGCUGUAUAUUGAAAAGGAGUUCAAAAGAGUUUGGGAAACAGAGAGCGCGCUUCAAGUAGGUGGAAAUGUUGCUAUCGAAAAGAAAGACAAAAAGAAGAAAAAGUUAGUUAAACGUUCAUCCACAACCUGCCUGGGACAGAAUCCAAAACCAGAAGACUACUUAAAAUGUGCAUUGCGCCAGAUGACACGUUUGAAUGUAGCAGCUAGACUUCCUGAUGUUCAUUUGGUCCCGGUGUUGAAGGAAUGGAUGAGGUGGCGCAUUUACGGACCCUACGAUGCCAGCGAGAGAAAGCGCAAGUUGUUACAGAGUUUUGAAUUUUGGCAAACAUUCAUGACGCAAGAAAAGAAAGGCUUAACUCACGUGUCACCUAAGCCUGACCCUAUUUAUAGCGGCGUUACGACAUGGCAGUAUAAACAAGAUUUGAAUGAUAAAUUUAAAAAAUAUAUGCAUAAAUACAAACUGGACUUGUUCAGAUCGUAUGCUUAUAGCACAAAUUUAUUGUGGCCGACUAUGUUCCAAGCAGAGUUUCCCAAUCGAAAGUUUCGCGAAAUAUAUUUUUCGUAUCUUUCUUCUCGCUUAGAAGACUUCCAAUUUUUUCACCCUUAUAUAACGAGGGAAGCCGUAGAGCGGGCAACUGUUUUGAACAAAGGGAGGUACAUCUGUAAACCUCAUGGGGCCGAGGAUGUACAACAAUAAUUUUUGUUCAAUAUUAAAUGCUUUUUAAAUAAAAAUAAAACUCCAUUUGAUUGUAAACAAAUACUUCUUUUCAGUUGUGUAUUUAAAGAAUCACAUAUCUCAAACGGCGAAGGAAAAACAUCGUCAGGAAACCUGCAUACCUGAGUGAAGUCUGCCACACCAUUGCCACAAGGCUACU